UAACAUUGAGAGACUCUUAUAAAGAAAGCGGCCGCACCGUGUGCGCGGCGUCACUAGAAUCGAGCCGGCGACCGCGACCGCGAGCGCUGGGAGCCGCUCCCGACGGAGGAGUCGUCGGCGGGCUCGACGGUCGCGCUCGACGCGGCGCGCCGCAUCGACGGCCGGCGGACGCGCCGCGGCCGGCUGCUUUCAGGAACAGUCGGGUCCGCGAUGUCCUCGGAGUGGGACCGCUCCGAGACGACGGCCGUCGGCAGCGUCCCGCUCGCCUUGUCGUUCGGGCUGAGCUCGGACGUCGCGCUGCAGUCCGAGGAACUGUGCGACCGCGGCACGAGGAGCGUGAGGUCGUUCACCGGAGAUUGUAAGGACGUGAAGUCCGUCUGCGUGCCCGUCGUCGCCUGCUCGGACCGGAACUUGCAAAUGUGGCCCGCUUUUGGGAGGCCGCAGCGCCCGCAGCGGUACGGCCUCCGCGGCUUGUGCGCGCGCUUCUUCUUCUCGACGGGGGCCGCGGCGGCCGUCGCGUCGAAGAGCGUCAAUAGUCCUUUGGCGGCUUCGUUGUCGCCCAUCGCGGCGGCGGGACGACCUGCGCGGCCGCAAAUUUGCACGUUUUUAUGGAGCGAGCCGACGAGUCGUGCGAGGAGGACGCGUACCGCGAUGAUGAACCGGUUUCGCAACGUGUUAUUGUCCACACAGCGCUUACCAAAAUCUGCCUGUACUUUUUUUAGCAGCUCAAAACUUCAUAAAUAAGCGGUCGUGCAGCACGCAGCCGUGCACACGAUGUCAAACCGGACUCAGUGGUCUUCUGCUGCUCAAGUUACGCUGAACAAGCCUUGCGUGCAGGAGCACUGCCCGAGUUUGUUGGCACUUGGCAGCUGUGCG